GUGACCUCGACUUGGCCAAGACCGUACUGGAAGAGUUCCUCGCUCCGAAUCUGACCAGUAACAACUACGCUUUCGCCGCGCAGGAGAUCUUUCGGUACUUGAAGCCCGGUGGGAAAGACCAGCAGCUCCUGCUGAAGCUGGAGCGCGAGGAUGUGCGGGAGACCCUGCGCCCUUACAUGAGCAGCUCCUACGAGCGGGUGAGUGCCGCAGCGAGGGCGAGCCAGGGCCCUGCGACCUUCGAAGAUGCGCUGGUGGCUGCUUCCAGCCUUCUACCGGCUGAGCGGCGGGCUUUCUUCGAGGCAUGCUUGCCUGCCAUACCCGGCAACCAUGCGCUCACGCUGUUUCUCAUGCACCAGGUGCUUCCGGAUCUCCUG